AUGGAACUGAUCGCUUUUGCCAUUAAGGACCCUUCAAAGGAUUGCCAGAAAAGUCUGCACCCAAUCGGAGUCAGCAGCCUGAGUGGGGUACGUAUGUUCUUCAGCGUCCUGCGUCGAAAUGAACCGGGCCGGGCGAUUCUGACGCUUAACGCCCUUGACGACGCCCUCGUUGCAUGGCCCUACUGCCCCGCCGAGUGUCAGCCAAGUCUAGAUAUGCAACUUGACGAUAUGGAUGUUGUUCAAUACGGCUUGAACCUGAUUUUGGAGGCCAUUAGGAAGCGACUACCGUUGGUAUGCCAGAUGGACACAAAGUGAAAUCCCCUAAGUUGCGAUUAACUCGUGCUCAUAAUCUACCUCAUGUCUGUCAUUAUCUCUGCACUCAGACACAUUCUAUCAUUAGAAGGAGUAUCAAUAUGUCUGAAAUGUGAAUCUGAGUUUCACUUUAUGGUAGUUUAAAAUUGUUCUCAACCUCAUUGUAAACCCUGGACUGGGCGGCUGUACUUACAGUAGGUGGGCUAACUCAUGAAAUGUUAACUAAAAUUCUGAAAUGCGUUUUCGUCUCUAAAAGAUUGAUUAUAUAGGGUCGUAUAACUCAUCAUCAUGCAGAAUAAUUCUCUAAUAAUUCAGAUGCCUCAGGAUGCCCGCUCUCAAACAGACUUCUUUCCGACUGCAUGCAAAAACUAUAACUUGUAAAAUAUGACUGCUGAAUUUGCAUGCUUUCUUCUCAUUGAUUUUCGAUGUCCUUAAAAAUUCAAUUAUAUUUCAUGGGAAACAUGCAUAGAAAUACUCAUCGUUUUACCUAUUCGGUAGAAAAGUAUGUCUUCCAAUUUUAUACUCAAAGGAGGGGUAUAAAUUGGAUUUAAAAAGGUUUGGGAUUAUCGGACUUUUUAAUACCAUGAAAUGCCUUUUGUAAACCAUCACGUCUCUGCAGUUACCAAUGUGGCCUUUAAAGUUAACAAUAUGGCUCAAAUCCACUGCUACAUUCUAUGAACCCCAUAUGGUCUCCUCUUAAUACCGUUGAGAAAUGUGUGGGUUUCCGUACGCGGAAAAUAUUCGGCUCGUAGUUUGAAAAGCCUGAAUAGAAGUGUAACGGAAGGUCGGGUUCACAAUUAUUCGGGUAUUGAAAAGGUUUUUUAAAACCGAAUUAAACUCCUCCUCCGAGCAUAAAACUGGAAGAAGACGUAAUUUUCUACCGAAUGAGCAAAAGAAUGAAUAUUUUAUGCCUCCUAUUUAUGGCCUACAAUUGAAUGUUUAGGGAAAUCGAAAAUCAACAAAAAUGCUUGCUAAUUCAGUAGUCAUUUUUUGCAGGAUAUUAUUUUUGCAUGUAACCGAAAAUAAUUUUGUUCGAAAGUUGGCAUCCUGAGAUAACUGAAUUAGUAUAGAAUUAUGCUGUAUGAUGAUUAGUUUUACAACCUUUCUCAAUUAAUCUUUUUGAAACGAAAACGCAUUUAUGAAUUUCCGUUGACAUUUCAUGACUUAGCCCACCUACUGUACAUGGUCUGAUUCAGGUCAGUCAAUCAUGAACAAUCAAGAUGUUGUCAUAUGCCGAGAGGCAUCAUGUAUACCGUCGUGGUAAAGGUUCUUUCGUGCAUGUGAAAACCAGGUUUGGCAGAAUCCCCGGUCGGAUUUUUCGUUCCGUCUCUUUUAUCUCAAGUAAACCAGAAUUCAAGUGUUAGUAGAAGUAUGCAAAGCCAUAAGCAAUCCUUCGUAGUUUUCGGCGGCGUAAUUUUUAUAUACAGCGAUUUGUCGUCAUAUCAGGCGCUCCUUAGCGGUUCUAUUUCAAGUUGAAUGAAGGUGAUGGUCAUGGUGAUGGGGGUUGCGAUGGCGUCAGCAGCGGCAGCGGCAGCAGCGGCGGCGGUCAUUCUGGCUUGGGUGAUGGUGGCAGUGAUAUAUAUUAUGGAUGAAUUUAAUUUGGGUAGUUCGUAUAUGGCAAUGUUUAUUAAGAAGCACGCUGACGAUUUUCAACAUUCCACGUCGGUUGUAAGAGUCGUCACUUGGAAGGUUAGCUAUGGUGGUGGUGGUGGUGGUGGUGGUGGUGGUGGUGGUGGUGGUGGUGGUGGUGGUGGUGGUGGCGGCGGCGGCGGCGGCGGCGGCGGCGGCGGCGGCGGCGGCGGCGGCGGCGGCGGCGGCGGUUGUCGUGAUGGUCGAAGUCGCGGUCAUCGUACUUGUCGUCGUUGA